AUGAGUCGGAGCUUAGGAAUUCCGGUGAAGCUCCUUCACGAGGCAUCGGGGCACGUGGUGACGGUGGAGCUGAAGAGCGGCGAGCUGUAUCGUGGGAGCAUGAUUGAGUGCGAGGAUAAUUGGAAUUGCCAGCUCGAAAACAUCACCUUCACUGCUAAGGACGGGAAGGUCUCACAACUUGAGCAUGUUUUCAUAAGAGGCAGCAAAGUGAGGUUCAUGGUUAUUCCUGAUAUGCUUAAGAAUGCUCCAAUGUUCAAGCGCUUGGAAGCUAGGAUUAAGGGAAAGGGUUCUUCAAUUGGAGUUGGACGUGGGCGUGCUGUUGCCAUGCGAGCUAGAGCUCAAGCGGCUGGCCGUGGAGCUCCACCAGCUGGCGGCAGAGGUGCAGUGCCACCUGUUCGGCGGUGA